UCAGUCGCCUACGUUUUUCUUCUUCUUCUUCAAUGGCGGAUUCUAGCUACCUCUCCACUGUUUCCACCGAAGAUGCGGCGAGUUUCGGAUUCACGCGCGAUGAGAUGUACACCAGUAAUCUCUCCGGCACCGUCAAUCCGUACGACCGCCACUUGUUCCUCCGCCACAAGUCGUAUACCGAUUGGGCUUCCCGUGUCGAAGAUGACGGCCUCCCUAAUCUCCUCUCCUCCGCUCUAAAGUCUCGAAAAACGACAUCCCGGUCAAGACACUGUUGACGGUUAUUGACGGAGCGGAAUCUGACGGUGAUGUGCUGAUUUUCCCUGAAAUGAUCAAAUACAAGGGUUUGACGGGCUCCGAUGUGGAUGGCGUUGUUGAGGAUGUGCUUGUUAAUGGCAAGGCAUGGACUUCUGGAGCACAGGAGACGUUGAUCGGUUCGUAUAUCUUCGUGUGUGCUCAUGGUAACCUUGACAAGAGAUGCUGUGUUUGUGGACCGGCUCUAAUUCGAAAGCUGAACGAAGAGAUCGAGUUGCGAGGACUGAAGGAUCAGGUGUUUGUAAGUGCUUGCUCUCACAUUGGAGGGCACAAGUAUGCUGGGAACUUGAUUAUCUUCAGCCCCUAUUCCGAGGAAAAGAUUACGGGCAACUGGUACGGCUAUGUUACUCCUGUAUAUUGUGUGACGCAUUGCAUAUUCCCUAUUAAGCUUGCUGUUGUUCCUUUCUAUGUCAACAUCUGCAGGGGUCAAAUGGGGGCCUCUACCGAAGGAGGCGAACAGAAGCUUCCGAACGGGACCGAAGCGAAGAAAAACGAGAAGCACGAAGAAACGACUGCUCGGAACACAACGGAAAAUGCGGGUGGUUGUUGUCAGGGUGCCAAUGGUUUCACCUGUUGCAUGACUGCUAGCUCAGAACCAAGUGAUAAAAAGAGAAGUGAAGAACCGAGAGAUAUGCCCGAAAAGAGCGGGAUGUGCGAACUGACAAGCUGGAUAGAAUCAUGGGAGCAACGUGACUUUCUUAAGGCAGCCGCUGUGGUCGGAGCUGUUGCAACCGUUGCCGUGGCUUAUAGCUAUUAUAGAAGGUCAGGCUGAAGGAAUCCUUGUAAUCAAACGUUUUACCGUUUGCCUGUGUGUUCUAUACCCUCGUUUUUUGUCGCCGAGGCGGUAGUUAAUAAAAAAAUCCUCCAAACCACAAACUUCUCCAGGAGAUUCAUACAAA